GGUAUUCUCGCAGAAGUCAGUUCCAUACGGUAAUAGUGCAGCUACCUGCAGCUGAGUCUUAGCAGUGUAUGGUUGACAUAGACUGUGGGCAACGCAGUGAGACCAUGUCCAAACACCACAGGACACCAGCCAGAACUGUGGACAAUAUUAUCGAGGUGAAAAGCAAGUUCGACGCUGAAUUUAGAAGAUUUGCUCUAAAACGUUCAAAUGUUGGAGGUUUUCAGGAAUUUUACCAGCUGAUCCAAGCCGUCCAUCAGAUCCCGUACGUGGACGUAUUGUUGGGAUACACCGACAUCCACGGGGAUUUGUUGCCCAUCAACAACGAUGACAAUUAUCACAAAGCGCUAUCGUCUGCCAACCCUCUGCUGCGAGUCAUCAUUCAGAGACGGGCUGAAGGUGACUGUGGAGCAUUCGGAACCAAUUCCCUCCUGCGCAAGAAAAAAGGUCUUCAUGUCCUGCGCCCUGUCCAUCACAAGUCAAAGCCUCACAUCUUGAUUGGAAUGCCUCAGGAUUUCCGACAAAUCUCUUCUAUUAUUGAUGUAGACAUCCUUCCAGAAACUCAUCGUAGAGUUCGCCUUCACAAACAUGGCUCUGACAAACCACUUGGAUUCUAUAUUCGUGAUGGGGUGAGUGUACGGGUCACCCCUCAAGGAGUGGAGAAAGUUCCAGGAAUCUUCAUCUCACGGCUUGUCAGGGGUGGCUUGGCAGAGAGCACAGGCCUGCUCGCGGUGAAUGAUGAGAUACUAGAGGUAAAUGGAAUUGAUGUUGUUGGGAAGUCGCUGGAUCAGGUGACUGACAUGAUGGUGGCCAACAGUCACAAUUUGAUCAUCACUGUGAAGCCAGCAAAUCAACGAAAUAAUGUUAUUCGCAGCAGCAGAGCUUCUGGUAGCUCCGGUGUGUCAACAGACAGUACACCAAGCCAGCAUGCCAUAACAACUACUUCAAACUAUAACCACUACAGUACAGCAGAAGGAGAGAGUGAAGAUGAAGGUGAUAUAAUAAUCGAAAAUGACAUGCCGUCAUACAUUCCAAAAACAAUAUUCCCCAAUUAUGUGAAUGGAGACCUAACCAAAAAGCUGCAGCAUAACAUCUCUUUAAACAGCUCGCUGCUAGACAACAAAGAAAGUAAAUACAAAGGCUCAUUAAACUCUUUGAACACAAACAGUGACAGUCCCAGCAAAAUAAUUUCAAGUCAUGGAAACAUGCGAGAAGAUGGAACAAUGAUAACGCUAUAAACCUUCUCCCCUGUUCUGUCACUUUUUUUAGUAUAUAGAGCAUUCAGAAUAAAACUUUAUAUUUGUUGGUUAAUUCAUUGUUGAGCUUGACAGGAACCUUGUUAAGGAGGUUGGAAUCAAAUUUACUUUCACCCAGCAAUAUUUGACAGCGGUGAAUCAAAAGGGUAUUGGCAAAUAUGAAAGCAAGAGGAAAAAAUUGCAACCACUUUUUACAUUAAGGAUCUUUCAGAGAAUUAUGCUUCAUAUUAUUUUGGAAAUGAGACAUUUUAUAACUUUGGUCAUUACCAAAUACUUAGCUAAGACAUCACUUUAGGAGCCAACCUCCCAAACAAUUCCAAUUUUAUAAAACUGAAAUACACCACGUCACACAGUUGCAAUUGAACAAAUGUUACCUGUGACCUGAAGACACACACAUGCAUCUUGUGAAAUUGCAAAACUGUUUAAAAAUUUAAGUUCAGUAACCUCAUACCACAAUUCUUGCACAUCUUAUAGUGACCUCAUUACUACAAAUAUCAAUUUUUAAAAAACCUUACUUGGCAAUUUCCUAUUAUUUCCAUUUCCUAUUUGAUAACAGCCCCCUUUUUCCUAUGGAAAACAUAAUUACAAAACUGUGUACUGAAAUUUCUGUGGAACACUAGUGAAACCUUUCUCAAAAUUGCUGUUUUCCUCCCUGAGAGGAAAAUAUUUUUGAGUGCUUUGAAAAUUAAAUUUAUAGAUAUGCUGCUGUAAGUUUUUUCAUUUUUGAUGGUAUGAGGGUAAUCUAUCAAACAUCUACCUGUAUCUUAAGAGACCCUGCUGACUUCAGUGCUCUUUAUCAUGCUGCUUGAUGUGUUCUUUUAUGUUGUAAUUGUUUUACAGCCUAUUUUUUCAAAGCAAUAUUCAACAUGAGAUGUGUGAGACUGUAGAUUGAAAGCCCAAAUGUUUUCCUUGGUUAAUAUUUUAUAGUAGUUAAAGUCAAAAAUUGAUAAUUGAUCUAGAGUUUCUUUGACCUUAACCUCAAUAAACAAAAUCAGUAAAAUGGAAGCUCUAGAUGACUGGAAAACCUUGAUUCUAUCUUUAACUGAAGCAGCACUGUCAUCUGCAUUGGCUGUGUAAAUGGCUAUUACAUUUUUAAUUCUUUGCAGAACUAAGAUUGGAGUUAAUUCAGUGGAUGCCAUGAAGGUAUGAUUUUUUUCAUUUUGUUUUUAAAAAGUGUUCCCACCUUGAAAAUUGUGCACAGUCUAAAUUCCUAGAACAACUUUCUACUAGACCAACAUAUUGACUGACCGUUAAAGCUUUUGUAACAGAACAGACUCCAGUCUGUUUCAAUAUAAACUUUUACUUCAUUAAAAAUGAUAGAAAUACUGAGUGCUUUCCAUAUGCAAGCCAUGCAGACCCUUUACCUUGGUAGCAAGGGGCCUUUAACAAUAAAAAUGGGGUUUAUUUCUUCCCUAUAUGGAAAAGCACAUCAAGAAAUACCAACUAAAUUUUUCUUUUAGUUUCAGCUGGUUAGUUACAUAGCCAAAUAUGCUUAAAAUUUAAAUCCAGAGUUCACACAUUGACCCCUGGAUUAAAAGCAAUAAUCAAAGUAUUUGCAUCUCUGCGCACUUCAAAAGCAGUUCCACUAGUCUGAAGCACAAUGACUUGGCAGUUUUAAUAAGCUUCCUGUGGAAUAAGCAUAGUGUUUCUUGGCUCUGCUUUCUCCCAAAACACAACUGGGACUGCCAAAAACUCUUUAUUAAAGACAGUAUUUCCUUAAUACUGAAAAGGCUCAAGCUUUCAGGGAAAAAACACAAAUUGAAGUGAAAAUGCUUUCAGGAAUUCUCUCUCAAUUUUAAUUUCAAUAUAAAUGACUAAUCACUUUAGUACAUCGUACACAGAAUUUGUUUUCACCAUUACCUUAUUUUAAUUAUAUUUUAAUGGAGGUUCCCCCAAUCACAUUUUACUUAUGGUAGUUCUAAGUCAGCAGGGUUCAAUAAUGGGGUAUAACUUUCCUGAAGGUUUUGUUUUUAGACCAUCUAUGUAUUUUUGUCAAUUUGUUAUACAUCUAAUCUGUUUACUAAAGAGAUGGGGGCAAUUUUAUCUAACUGGGAAUAUUUUGUAUAAAUUUUUUAUGAAAUGAGGGCAAUAUUUUUCUUACUUUUUUGUAUUUGACCCCACUCAUCCUUCGCCUCUACCUGAUUUCCCUUAAACUGUACAAACCUUGUAUUUAUAAUAUUUAACAGAUUAGCAGUCUUAAUGGUUCAAGCUGUAUAAUAUUGUGAAUGUUACAUAGAUGUAUGAUUAUUCAAAUAAAAAUUCUAACAAGG